AUGAUCUCACGACGGGCACCCACUGGGGUCCUUGCCCUCGUCUGGAUCAUAUGUAGCAGCGUCUUCAUAACAGCGCACGCCGCUGUUGUCUGUACCAACACUACCACCACGACCAAAGUUCAGCUCGCCUCGGAUUUUCUAUUUUUGAUCGACAUCUCGGGAAGCAUGUGUCCAUACCAGACCGCGAUUGCGAACGGUCUGGGAAGUUUUAUCCAAAACCUUGCCUCUCAAGGCGUCAGUGCCCGCUACGGCAUUGUGACCUUUGGAGGUACACCAGGGCUCUACUUGCCCUUCACAAGCGAUCCAAACAUGGCUCAAACUGCCCUAACAAACUUGGGAUGCAACGGAGGAGGCCAAGAAGCAGGAUUGGAGGCUAUUCGAGUUAUCUUCAACAAUCCCAACGACUUGGGCUCCAAUUGCUAUAGUCAAUACAACGGCGCCUGCACUCUCACAUGGAGACCUUCAUCGCAAGCACAAAAGCAACUUAUUCUUGUUACCGAUGAGGACAGCGAUAUGCCAACGCUUUCGAACUACCUCUUGAGCGGCCAGUCUUCAAGCCAGUAUUACUGUGCUCAAAUGACUUCGCUGACGGCACAAUAUAUCAUCAACAACAAUGCUAUGGUCUCGAUCCUGGUCAAGUCAGACUACAAUGCCAACACCAAUGGUCCCAUAAGCACUUUCGAUCCCAACACCAGCGGCUAUUACCGCUACCUUGCAUCGCAGACAUCAUCGCCACCCGCAACGAGCACGAUUCAUACAUCGUUGGCUCAGUACGGCGAUCCUGGAUCAGCAGCACAAAACUCGGACUACAGCAACUACAAUCCAAGUCAGACGCUAGCAAAUCUUCAGGCAAAUGGGCUUUCGCAAUCUCUCCAGGCCUUGAUAUUGCAACGAGGAGGUUAUUUUUUUCAACCAAGUGGUGAAUUCGACGACAUGUGUAACCGUACCAGAUCCAUCCCCAUCUCCAAGUCCAUCUCCAUCUCCAAGUCCAUCUCCGUCUCCCUCACCCUCACCUUCACCUUCACCCUCACCCUCUCCAAGUCCCUCACCCUCACCAUCCCCUUCGCCAUCUCCAUCACCUUCGCCAUCUCCAUCACCUUCACCAUCUCCAUCACCUUCACCAUCUCCAUCACCUUCACCAUCUCCAUCACCUUCACCUUCCCCGAGUCCGUCCCCAUCGCCCUCUCCAAGUCCAUCUCCAUCUCCAUCUCCAUCUCCAAGUCCAUCUCCCUCUCCAUCUCCAUCUCCGUCACCGUCACCGUCUCCAAGUCCUUCACCAUCUCCAUCUCCAUCUCCUUCACCAUCUCCCAGUCCAUCCCCAUCUCCGUCUCCCUCACCAUCUCCCAGUCCGUCCCCAUCUCCCAGUCCGUCCCCAUCUCCAAGCCCUUCGCCAUCUCCUUCCCCGAGUCCGUCCCCAUCGCCCUCUCCAAGUCCAUCACCCAGUCCAAGUCCGUCCCCAUCUCCCUCACCAUCACCAUCUCCAUCUCCAUCGCCAUCUCCAUCCCCAUCUCCAUCCCCAUCCCCAUCUCCAUCACCUUCGCCAUCUCCAUCACCUUCACCAUCUCCAUCACCUUCACCUUCCCCGAGUCCGUCCCCAUCGCCCUCUCCAAGUCCAUCUCCAUCUCCAUCCCCAUCUCCAUCUCCAUCCCCAUCUCCGUCUCCCUCACCAUCUCCCAGUCCGUCCCCAUCUCCCAGUCCGUCCCCAUCUCCAAGCCCUUCGCCAUCUCCUUCCCCAAGUCCGUCCCCAUCGCCCUCACCUUCACCUUCACCCAGUCCAAGUCCGUCCCCAUCUCCAUCCCCAUCUCCAUCUCCAUCACCUUCACCAUCUCCAUCACCUUCACCAUCUCCAUCACCUUCACCAUCUCCAUCUCCAUCACCUUCACCUUCCCCGAGUCCGUCCCCAUCGCCCUCUCCAAGUCCAUCUCCAUCUCCAUCUCCAUCUCCAAGUCCAUCUCCCUCUCCAUCUCCAUCUCCGUCACCGUCACCGUCUCCAAGUCCUUCACCAUCUCCAUCUCCAUCUCCUUCACCAUCUCCCAGUCCAUCCCCAUCUCCGUCUCCCUCACCAUCUCCCAGUCCGUCCCCAUCUCCCAGUCCGUCCCCAUCUCCAAGCCCUUCGCCAUCUCCUUCCCCGAGUCCGUCCCCAUCGCCCUCUCCAUCUCCAUCUCCAUCUCCAUCUCCAUCUCCAUCUCCAUCUCCAUCUCCAUCUCCAUCACCUUCGCCAUCUCCAUCACCUUCACCAUCUCCGUCCCCAUCUCCAAGCCCUUCGCCAUCUCCUUCCCCGAGUCCGUCCCCAUCGCCCUCUCCAUCUCCAUCACCUUCACCAUCUCCGUCCCCAUCUCCAAGCCCUUCGCCAUCUCCAUCACCAUCUCCUUCACCAUCUCCCUCACCAUCGCCAUCUCCAAGUCCAUCACCCAGUCCAAGUCCGUCCCCAUCUCCAUCUCCCAGUCCAUCUCCAUCUCCCUCGCCAUCUCCGAGCCCUUCGCCAUCCCCGUCCCCAUCACCUUCCCCAAGUCCAUCUCCCUCACCAUCGCCAUCUCCGUCUCCGUCACCUUCUCCAAGUCCCUCACCCUCUCCAUCGCCAUCACCCUCGCCAUCACCCUCGCCAUCUCCGAGUCCCUCUCCAUCACCGUCACCCAGUCCAAGUCCGUCACCCUCUCCAUCGCCAUCCCCAUCACCCUCGCCAUCACCACCUCCCAGUCCAUCUCCAUCUCCAUCGCCUUCUCCAUCACCAAGUCCGUCUCCGUCUCCAUCGCCAAGUCCUUCCCCUUCACCUUCGCCCUCUCCAAGUCCAUCUCCAAGUCCGUCACCAUCUCCAUCUCCAUCUCCAUCUCCAUCUCCGUCUCCAUCUCCCUCUCCAAGUCCCUCACCCUCUGCAUCACCCUCACCAUCACCAUCCCCGAGUCCAUCGCCAUCGCCAUCGCCAUCUCCAUCUCCGUCUCCCUCACCUUCACCAUCACCGUCCCCAUCCCCCAGUCCGUCUCCAUCUCCAUCUCCAUCACCAAGCCCAUCUCCAUCACCAAGCCCAUCUCCCUCUCCUUCUCCAUCGCCGUCUCCAAGUCCUUCGCCAUCAGCAUCACCAUCUCCCUCUCCAAGUCCAUCUCCAUCUCCAUCACCAAGCCCAUCGCCGUCUCCAAGUCCCUCUCCGUCUCCAAGUCCCUCUCCGUCUCCAAGUCCCUCUCCGUCUCCAAGUCCCUCUCCGUCUCCAAGUCCCUCUCCGUCUCCAAGUCCCUCUCCGUCUCCAAGUCCCUCUCCGUCUCCAAGUCCCUCUCCGUCUCCAAGUCCCUCUCCGUCUCCGUCUCCCUCACCUUCUCCUUCACCCUCGCCCUCGCCCUCGCCCUCGUCAGCCCCAGCUCCUUCAAUCACCUCUAUCUCACUGGCGGAUACAGCCUCAUUGUUCGUGGUGACGUGGUUGUCAGCAAUGGUGCCAUUGGGGGGAGAAUCGCAGUCGGCGGAAGCAUCGUAUCCAACAACCUGGAUGUUGGUCGCUCCCUUUACGACGGCCAGUUUGGUUCGUGCGACCAAGUUACUGGCUUCCUCUCGCAGAACCAACUCCCGGUCUAUCUUGCCAACUCGGCGAUUGUCGAUCAGAGCGUCAACAAGUCGAUGGUGGACGCGCGAUUCUCGACCGACUCGGCCCUGACGGUAUCGAACGGCUAUUUUGCGAGCGGACAGAACGCCACCGAAUCAGUAUCGUUUGUAAGCUCAGGAUGCGGAUCGAUCUAUAACAAGACCGACUUCACCGCCACCUUCUCGUAUCUCUCGGCGCUCUCCUCAAGCCUCGCCGCCGUCUCGGCCAAUGUCCAGUCCUUCCUCAACGGAACCGACCUGACCCUUGAUCUCCGCAACGCCAACGCCUCCUCCAACGUGUUUGCCGCCUCGCUCUCGGCCGCAAAUCUGCAGCAGGCCCAGCGGAUCGUGCUUUUAGGCGAAGAUGUUCUGACCUCGUGUCCGUCGGCCACCCUGAUUAUCAACGUUGGCGGCACCAGUGUCUCGGUCGGCAGCUGCGACAUGUCGGUCCUGGAGCCGUAUCGCAGCCGAGUGAUCUUCAACCUUGUGGCGGCCACCAGCCUCCAGCUGGCCAACGUCGAGCUCCAAGGAAUGAUUCUGGCCCCGAGUGCUGAUGUGGCUUCGCCGUCGGGCGUCGUCUAUGGCAACGUCUAUGCCAACAGCUACAAGAACGACAUUGGGUCGACCCAGGCGGCCAUGACGAUCGAGUACCAGCCGUUUGUGGGCUGCAUCCCGACCGAGAGCGUUCCGACAUCGACGGGUCCGUCGAUCGGGGUGAUUACGGCGUCGGUGGUGGGCGGCGUCGCUGCCGUGGGAGCCGCUGGAGCUGCAGCAUUCUUCUAUCGACCGGGAUCGGUGUCGUCCAGCGUCAUGAACAGCGGCGUCGGCGACGCACUGUCGAAUGCCGCACGGGCCAAUCCGCUGUACGAAUCGCCAGGCGGCGUCUUUGACAAUCCGCUGUAUGUCGGGGCGUAGAGACUCUGGGUCGAACACCCUCCCCUCCUCGCUCUCUUUCUAUCCAACUCUUUGGUCUCUGUCGUUGCUCAGCUCUUUGCUGCAAUUAUUCCGCUGCAACAGCCAGGGCACCGUCAACUCUCCUCGUCAGCUCUCAUCGUCAACUCUCUUUUUCAACUCUCGGGACGCACCCGACUCUUGAAGCAUUCUCUU